CGCAAAUCAACUUCCGGCUUCUCCGGAAGUUAUGGAGUCGUUUCCGGGGCAGUCGGAGGAGGAGGCGGAGGAGGAGGAGGACUCCGAUGGGUCGAAGUCGUAGCCGCUCCCCGCGCAGGGAACGUAGGCGGUCCCGGUCCACAUCUCGGGAUCGAGAAAGAAGACGCCGAGAAAGGUCCAGGUCCAGGGAUAGAGAUCGCAGAAGGAGCCGCUCAAGAUCUCCACACCGAAGACGCUCCAGGUCUCCAAGGCGACAUAGAUCCACAUCUCCCUCCCCUUCUCGACUGAAAGAAAGAAGAGAUGAGGAAAAGAAAGAAACUAAAGAAAUAAAGAACAAAGAACGUCAGAUCACUGAGGAAGAUCUGGAGGGUAAAACGGAGGAAGAAAUAGAAAUGAUGAAAUUAAUGGGAUUUGCCUCUUUUGACUCCACAAAAGGAAAGAAGGUAGAUGGCUCUGUAAAUGCCUAUGCCAUCAACGUGUCUCAGAAGAGGAAAUACAGGCAGUACAUGAAUCGAAAAGGCGGAUUCAACAGACCUCUGGAUUUUAUUGCAUGAGACUUGAGGUGUUGGAUAGAGGAUUCCCCCCCUCAUCUGGGUCAGAGAGUAUUUUAUAUUUUGUAUUUAAUACACAUCAAAACAGGAUCUUGAUUCUUCCUUCUUAUAAAGUAAGAAAGUCUUAUUUAUGACACCCAGUUUCCUUACUGUUCGAGGCAGUGUCGGCCACCAGCCCAUUUGUCUGUCCUUGUUCCUUUGAAACUGUGUGCUUCCUUCUUGGAUGCUUGCUGGGUGUUCUUAAAAACUGAAAGUAAAUUACAUACAUUUCCCCAAUAAAACAAUAUUUCUACCCA